CGGCGUGCGCGUACGUCAUCCUGCUGAUGGCGCUGUUCUGGUGCACCGAAGUUUUGCCCCUGGCCGUCACCGCGCUGCUGCCGACCAUCUUGUUUCCCCUGCUCGGAAUCAUGCAGUCCAAAGACGUGUGCAUGCAGUACCUGCGAGACAGCAACAUGUUAUUCGUGGGCGGGCUGAUGGUGGCGGUGGCCGUGGAGCACUGGAACCUCCACAAACGCAUCGCACUCAAAGUUCUACUCCUGGUGGGAAUCAGGCCCGCACUGCUGAUGCUGGGCUUCAUGAGCGUGACAGCCUUCCUGUCCAUGUGGAUCAGCAACACAGCCACGGCCGCCAUGAUGGUCCCCAUUGUGCACGCCGUGCUGGACCAACUGCAUGGCCACGACGACGUUGAGGAAGGACGGGCGAAGACGAGCGAAGGCGCCGCCUCUAGAAAGCAGAGCGCCUUUGUCAUCCAGAUGCCUGAAGCGGACGCUUCCGAAAGAACGGGCGAAGGUACGGGAGAAGCCGCAGUUGAGACUGCAUCCCAUGAGGACGUGACGAUGUCAUCGCUCAAAGUGCCACCGCAGGACAAACCUCCAUCUGCGCCGAAAGGUCAGGGUGCACUUUCCACCCCGUUGAGCACGUCGGAGUUGGAAGAGGUGGACGAGGUGGACGAGGAACGCAAACGUUUGAGCAAAGGUCUGCUGCUGAGCGUGUGCUACGCGGCCAGCAUCGGCGGCAUCGCCACGCUCACCGGAACUGGACCCAACCUGGUUCUGCUGGGUCAGAUGAGCCAGCUGUUCCCACAGAGCGGCGGUGUCAUCAACUCGGCGUCCUGGUUCGUCUUCGCCUUCCCUACCAUGAUGAUGAUGCUCACGAUGGCCUGGAUUCUCCUGCAGCAAGUCUUCAUAGGACGCAGCCUGUGGGGGGCGUGGUCGUGCGGGGCAGGGCAGAAGGCGAAGGAGCAAGCGGCGCGCGACGCCAUCGGAGAAGAGCACCAGCGCCUAGGUCCCAUGACCUACGGCGAGGCCAGCGUGAUGGCGCUCUUCCUCCUCAUGGUGGUGCUGUGGUUCACGCGGGAGCCGCGCUUCGUGGACGGCUGGGCCUCGCGGGUGUUCAACGCCGAUGCAGAGUUUGUCACGGACGCCACUGUCUCCCUCAUGGUGGCGCUCUUACUGUUCAUCCUGCCGUCCCAGCCGCCCAAAUAUCUCUGCUACUGGAGGCAAAACUCAGACCCGGACGUGCAGGUGUCCCGAGGCCCCGCCCCCCCGCUGUUGACGUGGAAGGUGGCGCAGGCCAAGAUUCCGUGGAACAUCGUGCUGCUGCUGGGCGGAGGCUUUGCGCUGGCCAAAGGCAGCGAGGAGUCCGGUUUAUCGCGCUGGUUGGGCUCCCAGAUGACGCCACUUCACUCCAUCCCGCCGUGGGCCAUCACCGUAGUCCUAUGCCUCCUCACUGCCACCUUCACAGAGUGCGCCAGCAACGUGGCCACGGCAACGCUCCUCCUGCCAAUCCUGGCUUCCAUGUCUCAGUCCAUCAGCGUGAAUCCUUUGUACGUGAUGAUCCCGUGCACCUUGAGCGCGUCGUUCGCCUUCAUGCUGCCCGUGGCCACGCCUCCCAACGCCAUCGUCUUCUCUUCGGGGUACCUCAAAGUAACCGACAUGGCAAAAACUGGCGUGGUGAUGAACAUCAUCGGCAUUGUGUGCAUCAGCGUGGCCAUCAACACCUGGGGUCGCGUCUUGUUCUCUCUGGACUCCUUCCCCGAGUGGGCCAACGCCACCACGCCCAUUUAGCUCCACCCCUUAAGCUGCUUACAUUUGUCGUGUACUGCUGAAUAUGUCAGCAAAAUAUUAUUUUCUUUAGCAGACAAUAUGUUGGAAAUGUACGUUUUGAUACAAACAAUUGCGAAGAAUCUAUCCUUUUUGUUUAUUUGGAGAAGAACAUUUGUCAUAUUAUAAACUUUAUAUUUAACACAUUCAUGUUAAUAUUAUUUUCCUUUAGCCUCAACUUUGAGGUUACGAUUUUGUUAAUAUUGUUUUACUGUUUAAAGCACAGUAUGUGACUUUGUUACUGGUGUAGAUUAUUGUACAUAUGUAACGUUCUAACACUUUUAUGCCCUUUAAAUAAACAUUCACACAAA